AAAGACGGUGAGUGUAUCAAGAAAUUAGGUGCCGCACGUUGAAUGUUUUAGGUGUAAUGUGGGUUGAAGUCGACGGAAGGGUAUUUCCAUUAAGGUUUGACAGGACAAUAGAAUGACUGUAAUGGGUGUUGUGAGAAUGUUCUUACGCGGAAUCAAUUCUUUCUUACGUGAAAAACUCUUCCUAUUCCUCUUUCCUGUAGCUUGGAUUGACUACCAGUUUCGAUUACAUGAGGUCUCCAGUUAUUUCAAGAACGCUUUGUCAUUGAGAAGUGAGCGUAACGGUGGCGGAGCUCUCUAAGUAUACUGCUGUCUUUGUGAAUACUACUGUUCAAUUUCUGUGAAUGUCGUGGGAAUUACUGGUUUAGAGUACCAGCUGGGUUCGGCAAGCGAGUGAACAGUUUUUUACAAGAGGGAGGAUUCUCUUUUCUCCUGCUGAAAUUUAGAGUAACCGUACUGCACAUUGUAAUGUUUCUCUGAAUUCUGAACAUCCAGAGCUUCCUUUUCAUUGUUUGAAUGUGAUUCUUGCAGCCUCUAUUUGAGAAGGGCACGUGUGAACACACGCUUUUUUAGCAAAUGUCAGUCUGAUUCCUUAAUCUACACUCGUGGCUCUGGGAUGCACGUACUUUCAGUGUGCACCCUAAGUAGAGUCUCAGCAUUAAAUUACAGUAUCGCUUCUUUUUGUUUUGGACUGACCGCCGUCUUUCUUGGAACGUAAGCAAUUUCUGAACAACAGUCAUCGACUUGUAACUAGUGAGUCUCGUACGUUUUGUUUUCUCUGAUUCUUGUCAGGUAUAUCUGGGCUGGUCUUUUGGUACUUAAAAUAUGCAUUCGGUGUAUCGAGCAGGGGAAAAAGCUUCUCUAUCGUAUAAGCUUGCAAUCUGAUAUUCUCUGUAGUCUGUCACUUCGUUCUGUUUCCUUCUCAUGAAAUUCGCGCUGCAUUCUGUUCCUGGAUUAGCUGCAAGUGACGUGGAUCCUGAGAUGUCCAGGGGUUUAUAAGUAUAUUGUUACUGAGAUAGUGUGCCACUGUUCAUGCUACGGCUCAUCGUUGUCUACAUUUCUCUUGAUUUAUAGUUUUCUUUGUUGAUAUUGUGUUUGCUUGUCCUUUACCAUGAGAUGUUGAAGUAAUAGGCUAUUUUAUACUGCAGGUCCGAUUCCAUGGGUAGGUAGCGAGACAGUAAAGGAUUCCAUAUUUGAAUUGCGAUGUCUUGCCAGGAUAGUGAAACCCAUCGAAUGGAAAGGCUCUUUUCAGGAUCCUCGAUUCAAACGACAAUGCUUCUGCAGAAAGGAAGGCAUCGGCGCUCACUGUCUGUUGACGAGGAACCCAAUAGCAUUGAGAACCUCUCUUCUGGCACAUCGAGUCCUAGAACCUCCGAGAAGAACUCUGCUGUUAUUCUCCUUGGUGUCAAGAAGAUGAAGAGAACACGAUCAUCUUUCGGAAGCGACGAAGAUGUCCACGAGGGGUUGGAGCUUUAUGGAGCAUCUCUGCCGACUUCUUUGGUAGAAAGGAUAUCACUCAGCUCCAUAUCAAUUCGAGGACACAGAAGGGUCGGAUCUGGGAGCGUGACCCACAAUGCUGCGGGGUCCCCAUGGCCGAAGGGAAUAUGCACGCCAACUAAAGGAAUGGAAUCUAAGCAUGCAGUUGCGAUGACUACGGCCUCUCUGUUCCAUUCUCCAACAAAGUUUGAGCAGCCUCUGAAAAUAUCUAGAAUGCCUCGUAGACUCAUGUCAGAUGCAGAUGGAACUCCACAUUGUAGGGACGCGUUUGAAGAACAAAAGCGACAAGAUUUCGAAAACACUGUAGACAGCAGAUUUCAUAAAGAGGUAGCACACGAGAGUGAAAUCGGUUCCCAAAGAAAAUCCUGCUUCGCUCUUCCAAACAAGAAAAUGGAGGAUGAUGAUGCGUGUCGAGUGUCUUCCGACACAGUGUCAAUGAUUUUCACUGAAAACCCAUCAACCGGUUUACUGGGGUCCGCUGUAGAUUCGUGGCCAGUCGAAAACUUAAAUAUGGAUGCAGCUUACCUGCCAGUCUGUGACGUUUGUCCCACAGAAUUCGAAACUACGGAUACAUCUUUUACGGAGCAGUCGGCGACGAGUUCACUGAACAUGGAUCAUGAUCUACAGGGAAUUGCAUGUAUGUCCUCAUUUCCUGAUAGUAAUUCAACAAACCUGCCUUCCUUGUCCAAACCCAACGAACUAGAUGCUGCUUGCGAGGAGCCAUUACACUUGGAGCUACAGAAUGGAAAAAUAUUAAGCAUCCACUCCGAAAGCUCUGACCAGAUCAUCUAUUACAAGGAUAAUCAAGAGGUAACAUUGGCACUAACCUCUCAAACAAAGGACUUCAUUUGUACCCAAGAAAAUGAAACUAAUCAGAGCACCCAGCCUAUUUCUUCUUCUGAUGAGGGCGCCAAAGCUAAGCUUACCGAGACAGCGUUUCAAUCUUGUCUCGUAGGUGAAAUGGUCCCUGUUUCCCCUGUUCUCCUGUUGGAGGAAUCUAAAGGAAUCGAUACAGUCGGGAGUCAGAGGGAAGGGGGAGAGAUUUCGCCCUGUUGGGAGAAAGAUGUCACAUUGAGCACUGAUUUCAAUAGUUCUGAUGCGUGUUUAAGUAAGAGAUCUGGCUCUGGACCAGGAGAUGAUGCGCGAACUGAAACUAAGAGAACAAAACUUCCUAAAAGAAGGCGAAGUGGAUCUGCAUCAGGCCUUGGCGACAUGGUAGUCAAGGUUAUUCGCGUGACAGAAUCUGAAUCCAUUAAGGAAAGAGCUCUCACCAUUUUAGCGCCUGAGGUUUCAUGGAUAGACUCAACGCGAAGUACGGACCAAUUUGAGCCAACCCCUCUCACCGAGACAAACUUCAGCACCGAGGCUGUAGACAUGGAAGUUGACUGUGAGAACUGUAGCACUGAGCCUUUGGCUCCAGAUACAGAUACCGAAAAAGAGGGUGCAAAUGCGGGAGGCUCUUCUGAUUACAAGGACGCCAAACAGACAUCUAAACAGGUCGUGGGUGAGUCGAAACACUUCGCUGAAGGAGGUGAAUCUGAUUCGGUAUUGCGUGACUCUUCAAGUUGUGGAGUGACAAGCGAUGAAUAUGCUAAGCGAGAAGUUCCAUCAGAGAAGGUGAUAAUCUGUGUUCCCCGUUCUGCAAACGAAAAAGGCUUUGCAUUGAUCACGACAGAUGACCUCAACGUGUUGAAGCCACAAUCGGAGAGGUUUUUGGAUGCUAGGGAUCUCAGCUUGGGCGGCAUUCCAUCACGUCGAACAGAAGCAUGUUGUGGAAGUGAGCAAGAGUCGGAGGAAGCCAAUCUGAUAGUGAAGAUUGACAAUCAGGAAGCCGUGACCGAGAAUGCUUCUCUGAAUGUUCAUAGAGUAAGUAACGUAGAAGAGAACUCUGGUGGCAACCAAAGGAAGUCAAGUCUAGGUUGCGCAGGGUCGAUCUCGCAUGAUUUGAACUCGUCCACAGAGUUGCAAGUGAAAAAUGUAGGUGACAUGUUUGAAGCAAGUAUUGGAGCUGAGAACAUCGUGAAGCAGCCCCUGUCUCUUUUGGAGGAGAAUGAGUGUAUACUCACCAGAAAACAACCCCGGAGCAGUUCUUCCAUAUUACAAGUCUCACCUCGACAAUCUGUAGAUGAGUAUCGCCUGCCUCCCUCUUCCAUCACCAUCUUGACGAACCCCUCUUUCUCAAGCUCUCACCAAGACAGGCUCUGGGAGGAGCAAGCAGAAGCAUAUUCUAGUGGAGGACUCGGCACUCCUGGCCGGGAAUUCGACGCAUUUGCUGUGGUCAACGAAUUUAACUUCCAUUCUCUCUCAUCCAGUGGUGCAUGCAUCUCCUGCAUCUCCUCCGAUGACCAACUUUAUUGCGUAGCGGCGUCGUUACGAAAGGGUCAUGCUAAAGAUCGCUGCGCGAGAAGUGCAACUUCGAGUUUCGUGAGCGACAACGUUCAGUGCAGCAAUGGUAGGAGAAAAUUAGGUCUAUGGAAGAGGAGGGGAAAACCUCAAACGCCACUACAAACCUUGCUAGUAGAAGGUUUGCACAGCAGGGCAAGCUCCGUCUCAGGUCAUCGAUCACCUGACAGCAGCCAUCACUUCCUUCACCACCUCAUGUCCCGCAUCAGAGGAAGUAGGAGCUCAUCCAAAUCAUCGAGCCCAAGAAGCUCUGUCGCCGUUUCCAAGAAGCGCAACACCAUCUGGAGCAGUUGCAUUUGCUUCUCGCGUGCUCAAUUAGUAACUGUAUAGCGCCCUGCUCGUUGUCUUCCAUCGAACUCCUGCAUUUACCUCGACGUCGUUUAUUUGCAGAUUUUGCGGCAUCUGUAUAGGCAGUCCAAUUUUGGACCAUUUCAACUGCCACUGAGAACUGUUUACGCCACAAUUCUAAUUUUCCUGCAAAAGAAGUCCAUUUUGCAAAACACUCAACUUGCCUGUAUUGUGAUUGUUCAACUCACACAACUGUUGAACGUGGACAUCGACCGAAACCAUGGCAUCAGGAGAACUCAGCCAAACUAACACCAGAUAUGUUCAAAACCUCUUCACCUAAUCCGUCCUUGUCUUCUUCGACUCAUUUCGACAACUUACUUCAUGACAAGAACGAACACCACAAGUACCCUGCAGCCUUAUGAAUUGCAAAGCAUACAGAGAGAAAAUUUUGGGUAUGUAUCAAAACCUUAAGCUAGGUUCUCACCGUAGUGUCUAAAUAAAAGAAUAUCACAUUUUAGAAUUAAAGUGAUAUUAGAAAUAUAUAUGUUAGAACUUAAGGAUUAAGUGAAUGCUUUUUAGGUAAGUUUUUAUGAAAGUAAAUAAGUUAUAAUUUAAAAAUUGUUGAUGUUAUCUAUUUAAAAAUAGUA